AUGAGGGUGAUAGAAGUGAUCAUUGACGGUUUCAAGUCCUACGCCGUGCGAACGGUGAUAUCAGGAUGGGACGAGAGCUUCAACUCCAUCACCGGCCUCAAUGGCAGCGGAAAGUCGAACAUACUCGAUUCAAUAUGCUUUGUCCUCGGAAUCACAAACAUGUCCACCGUCCGAGCGCAGAACCUCCAGGAUCUUAUAUACAAACGAGGCCAGGCGGGCGUCACUAAGGCCAGCGUCACGAUCGUCUUUGACAACAGAGAUAAGAAGAAGUCUCCCAUUGGAUUCGAGGAGUAUGCCACUAUCAGUGUGACUCGCCAGAUCGUUCUGGGCGGCACAUCCAAAUAUCUGAUCAACGGCCAUCGCGCACAGCAACAGACAGUUCAGAACCUCUUCCAAUCUGUUCAGCUGAACAUCAACAACCCAAAUUUCCUCAUUAUGCAGGGGCGAAUCACCAAAGUUCUCAACAUGAAACCAGUGGAAAUUCUAGCCAUGAUCGAAGAGGCCGCGGGAACGAGAAUGUUUGAGGACAGGAGAGACAAGGCACUGAAGACAAUGGCAAAGAAAGAGAUGAAACUACAAGAGCUCAGUGAGAUUCUCAGGGAAGAAAUCGAACCAAAAUUGGAAAAACUUCGAGGAGAGAAAAGAGCCUUUUUGGAUUUCCAGCAAACGCAGAAUGAUCUCGAGCGACUCUCCCGCGUUGUAGUGGCAUACGACUACACAAAAUGUCAGGAGAAGUUGAAACAGUCCGCAGCUGAUCUUGAGGCUAAGAAGCAGCGCCAUAGCGGCCUCGAAAGCUCAGCUGCUCGUCUUCGCAACGAGAUCUCAAAUCUAGAAGAAGAUGUCAAAAAGAUACGGUCACAACGAGAUAAGGAGCUCAGAAAAGGUGGCAAGGCACAAGGUCUCGAGGAUACGGUGAAGAAGCACGCCAAUGAGUUAGUGAGACUUUCAACAGUCAUGGACCUGAAGCACUCGAGCUUAAGCGAGGAGGAAGAAAAGAAAGCCGCUGUCGAAAAAACUGUAGCAGAAUUGGAAACUACCCUCCAGAGCAAAGAAGCCGAAUCUAAAGAGGAGUUGCUACAGACGUUGCAGACUGGAAUUGCCUCGAGGGAGGGACAAGAGAAUGGAUACCAAGGACAACUCCAAGAGGCCAAAAAUCGCGCCACUGCUGCCGCAACCACACAGGAGCAGGCAAAAAUCAAGAUUACACAUUUGCAAGGUCGAGUGAGGGAGGAAGAGCCUCGAGCUCGGAAAGCCAAGGACCAGAAUGCCGAUCUCCUGCGUGAGUUGGAUGGCUUAAAGCUGCAGGGACAGAAGCUGGAAGGGGAACUGGGCAAACUUGGUCUCGAGCCUGGCCAAGAGGAAGCCAUGUAUAAACAAGAGUCAAGCUUGCAGCAAACUGUCCGAAAGCUGCGGCAAGAUUGCGACACCCUGAAACGACAAGUUGCCAAUAUCGAAUUUAACUACUCCGACCCUGUUCCCAACUUUGAUAGGUCAAAAGUCAAAGGUCUGGUCGCACAAUUGUUCACACUUGACGGCGAGCGAACCCAAGCUGGAACCGCGCUGGAAAUUUGCGCCGGUGGACGCUUAUACAAUGUUGUGGUCGAUUCAGAAGUUACGGGUACACAGCUGCUUCAACGGGGUAGACUAAGGAAGCGAGUGACAAUUAUUCCUCUCAACAAGAUUUCAGCUUUCAAGGCGUCAGCACAAACCAUCGCAACUGCACAGAGAAUUGCGCCUGGCAAAGUCGAUCUCGCACUAUCCUUGGUAGGCUACGAUGAUGAAGUGGCCUCUGCAAUGGAAUACGUCUUUGGCAAUACGCUUAUAUGUGCGGACGCCGAGACGGCGAAAAGAGUCACGUUUGAUCCCAACGUCAGAAUGAGGAGCAUCACAUUAGAAGGAGAUUCCUAUGAUCCUUCUGGAACACUUUCCGGUGGCAGUUCUCCAAACUCCAGUGGUGUCCUGGUGACAUUGCAAAAGCUAAAUACUCUGACUCGGCAACUCAAUGAGACAGAAACGUCAUUAAAAGACAUUCAGAUCAGGAUUGCAAGAGAGAAAUCUAAGCUAGAUCAAGCCCGUCGUAUUCAGCAAGACUUGGACUUGAAGAAACACGAGAUCAAGUUGGCUGAAGACCAGAUCAGCGGAAACUCGUCUUCCUCGAUCAUCCAGGAAGUCGAAAAUAUGAAGGCGACCAUUGCUGAGCUGCAAAAGAGCAUAUCCGACGCCAAAUCACAACAGGCUGAGGCCAAUGCGGACAUCAAGCGCAUUGAGAAGGAUAUGAAAGACUUUGAUAAUAACAAAGACGCCAAGCUAGUGGAGCUUCAGAAGUCUCUAGACAAACUGAGGGAGCUGCAGGGGGCUCAACUAGACUUAGAGCAAGUUGGAGGCGAUCUGUCAGCGGCUCGAGAGCAACUUCAAGAAGUAGAAGUUGCCAUCAAGGCCCAACAGAAAGAUAUCGAAGACUUGGUGAAGCAGCAGGCCAAGGUGACAGAGACACACAACACCGCGCAAGCCGAACUUGAUGACGAGAGAGCAAAGCUACACCAGUUCGAUGAUGAACUCCGAGCCUUGGAGGAAGCCACACGCUCAAAGAAUGCGCAGAUCACAGAAGAAGGUCUAGAGAUGCAGAAACUUGGCCAUCAAAUCGAGAAAUUCCACAAGGAACAGCAAUCCGCGGCGGAAAAUGUUUCUCGGCUCGAGGCUGAGUACGAAUGGAUUCACGAUGAGCAAGACAAAUUCGGCCGCAGUGGCACGGCCUAUGAUUUCCAGCGCCAGAACAUAGGAGAGUGCAAGUCAACGCUAAGGAAUCUGACUGAGCGGUUCCAAGGCAUGAAGAAAAAGAUCAAUCCCAAGGUGAUGAAUAUGAUUGACAGCGUGGAAAAGAAGGAGGUAUCACUCAAGCAGAUGAUCAAGACUGUCAUCCGAGACAAGCGCAAGAUUGAGGAAACUAUUGUCAGCUUGGACGAGUACAAGAAGAAGGCGCUGCAAGAGACUUGGGAGAAGGUGAAUGGCGAUUUCGGUCAAAUCUUCUCUGAGCUUCUCCCGGGAGGCAGUUUCGCCAAGCUGGAUCCUCCAGAGAACAAGACAAUCAGCGACGGGCUUGAGGUCAAAGUCUGCCUGGGCAAGGUGUGGAAGCAAAGUCUGACAGAACUCAGCGGUGGCCAAAGGUCACUGGUUGCACUCUCACUCAUCAUGGCUCUGUUGCAGUUCAAGCCUGCGCCAAUGUACAUUCUCGACGAGGUCGAUGCCGCUCUCGAUCUCUCCCAUACACAAAACAUUGGACGACUCAUCAAGACACGCUUCAAGGGCUCACAGUUUAUCGUCGUGAGUCUGAAGGACGGCAUGUUCCAGAACGCUAACCGUAUCUUCCGGACACGAUUCAGUGAAGGAACGAGUAUGGUUCAGGCGCUUACACCAGCGGACUUGAAAUGA